AUGGACAAUGAUAAUGCAAACGUUGCCUCUUCUCUGACCACUCAACCUCCAGUGAUAUUCAUCAACCCAGCCGUUCAACUACCACUUAAACUAACACCCAACAACUAUCCAUCAUGGCGAGCUCAAGUACAAUCCCUACUUCAAGGAUACAAUCUGCUCGGUUAUAUCAAUGGUGACAUACCCGAACCCACACCAACCAUCAUCCAAGAAGGUUUUGAAGUCACCAACCCAGAUCAUGCUUUUUGGGUCCAACAAGAUCAACUCUUGCUUCACGCCAUGUUUGCUUCAAUAUCUGAACCACUCAUGGCUUACAUUGCCUCCUCCUCAUCAUCUCGUGAUGCAUGGGAUAAACUUACUCAGAUGUACGCCAAUCGAUCACGUUCACAUAUUCUCUUCUUAAAGGAGAGAUUAUCGCAAGCUACUCGUGGCAACAAGUCUGUCACAGAAUUUCUCCAAUCAGUCAAAAGUCUUGCUGAUCAACUGGCUCUCGCUGGGGCCCCAUUACAAGAAGAAGAUCUCAUUCUUCACUGCUUAAAUGGAGUUGGACCAGAAUUUAAAGAGAUUGGUGGAGCCAUUCGAGCGAGAGAGCAACCAAUUUCAUUUGAAGCUCUUCAUGAAAAACUAAUUGAAUAUGAAGAUUUCCUCAAUCGAGCCUCAUUGGUCAACAAUUUUCGUCCAAUUACAAUCAAUAAUUCCCAAAAAUACAAUUUUAAUCAAUAUAAAAUUGGACGUUUUCAAAAACAACCAGAUCAAAACCAUAUACAACAAAAUCUUGUGUUCUCACCUAAUCCAAAUUUGCCAAAAAGAUUCAAUUUGGUGUGUCAAUUCUGCGGAAAACGUAGUCACACUGCACGAGAAUGCUUCACUGUAAGACGACUUAUGGGACUGCCCAUUCCGCCUAAGACUAAUUUUAUAACUACUAACCACCAGAACUCACAACACAAAUGGUUCCUUAACAAUAGCUCUUCAUAUCGCCUUAUAUCAGACAUAAAAAGACUCUCUCUGCGUAAGACUUAUGACGACCAUGAUGAUAUUUUUAUUAGAGAUGGCACAGGUUCUCACUUCGAGGGCACCUCUAGCUCGAGGGUGGAGCCAAAAUAA